GUAUUCGGGCUUACAAUCAGACAGUUUGAAGUAAUGUAUAAAGCAUGUUUAGACAGAAGGAAAGCACAGGAACAGUAUAUACUUAACCUAAGAUAUCCAGACAAAACUUCAGAUGAAUAUCUGGAAUUCUUAGAACAGUACAGAUUGCAAUACAGGUCCUGUAAUGAAAAUGAUUCAAAGGAAAGAUACUUAUAUGCAUACUUAGUAAAUACAGUUGGUACUGAAAUAGACAUACGUAAAAGACAACAAUUAUUUUUCAUAAAAGAUAUGAUAGAUAAUACAGAUGUGUCGGAAGUAACAACAAUAUCAAGUGGAAGUUUAUCAGAAGAACUUGAUUUACCAGGUAGUGACAUAGAUAUCAUGUGUGUCAUCGGAGACGUGGACGUUAUACAGAAUCUAAAGAAUAUCAAACACCCACGGCAAAAUACAACACUGGUUAUGGAGACUGAUAAUGAUCAUCCUGUAUUUAGUAGACUCCGAUUGAUAGUAUGAGGGGAUGGAGAAUCUAGCUUUAUAACAUACAAAUGCUUUGAAGUAACUACAAAAGGUUUAUAUUUAUCAGUGAACGAAUUUGUAAGUAAUUUAAAACAGCUAAUGCCAUAUCUUCACCUAUCAUCACACGGGCCCUGUUUAUCGAAUAAACAUCAAUACUUGGAUUAUACAGUCUGUAUUUGAAGUAAAUAUCUACCUUUCAAAGCGAUACAAUGGGCGUCACGUUAUCGACAGCAAUGGUCCCCUAGUUUUGCAAUUGAUAAGGUUAUAGAAUAUGGUUGUUUGUUAGUACCUAUUGGACCAAGGACUAUGCCAGAUUGUAAUGUACUGUGGAGAGUAUCUUUUUCUGUGGCCGAAAAACACCUUGUACAUUCGUUUAAUUAUACCCAACUCCUAUGUUACGGUCUCCUCAAACUAACAUUAAAGCAUAUAGCUAACACAAACAAACAUGUUGAAGGUUUGUUGUGUUCUUACUUUCUUACAAGACAGCUUUAUUCUUGGUCUCAGAAGAAGAAGAUAUUGACACAUUCCAAUUACCAAGAUUGUUUUAUUGUUUUAUCCAAUGCAUAAAGAAAUUGAUUUUAUGGGUAAACAAAUGUUUCUGUCCGAACUAUUGUAUACCUGAGCACAACAUGUUCCAAGGAAAGAU